AUGCAUUGGUCUCUCCUGACCUCACCCUUGGCUCUGGGCCUCGCCGCCGCCCAACAGGUUGGCAAGUACGAGAACGAGAUACACCCCACACUCCAAUGGAGCAGCUGCGGCGCCGACGGCAGCUGCAAGAAAGUCGACGGCGGGGUGACCAUAGACGCCGACUUCCGGUGGCUGCACCGCGUCGAUAACCCCGGCAGCUGCUUCGACGGCAACACGUGGAACGAUCGGGGGUGCGACAGCGUCGACAACUGCACCGCCAACUGCGCGCUCGAGGGCGCCGACUACGUCCGCUCCUACGGCGUCAAGACCUCGGCCGACACCCUGUCGCAGCGCUUCCGCACCAACUUCGACUUUGCCUACAACGUCGGCUCGCGGCUUUUUCUGAUGGAGUCCCAGCACCGCUACCAGACGUUUACGCUGCGGGACAACGAGCUGGCCUUUGAUGUUGAUUUAUCCACCGUCGAGUGCGGCAUCAACAGCGCGCUGUACUUUGUGUCCAUGGAUGCCGACGGCGGCAUGGCGCGCUACCCGACCAAUGCGGCUGGUGCUGAGUACGGCACGGGCUACUGCGACGCCAGCUGCACGCGCAGUGUCAAGUUUGUGGGAGGAAAGGCGAACAGGGAGGGCUGGAUCCCCUCGGAGACGGACGAGUUCUCGGGUAAGGGGAACCUGGGAUCGUGCUGUCCGCAGUUUAGUGUGUGGAACUCCAACGCCCACUCCUUUUCCAUGUCGUCGCAUGUGUGUGUCAAGGAUGGUCCGCACGUCUGUUCUGCGGGAGACUGUCUCUAUAAUGAACCGUAUGCGGAGAGAGGACCCGGGAGGUGUGAUGCUACGGGGUGCAGUUAUAACCCGUAUCGGAUGGGCAACAAGGAGUUUUAUGGGAAGGGGAAGACGGUGGAUACAGCGCAGAAGUUUACCGUUGUAACCCAAUUCACCGCCACCAAAGUCACGCAAUUCCUCGUCCAGAACAACACCCGCUUCGACAUCCCCGCCCCCACCUUCACCGACCUCCCCCGCGAAGCCGGCCUCUCCCGCGACAUGUGUGUCAAGCAGUUCGACCUCUUCGCCGAGCGCGACAUCAUGUCGGAGCUCGGCGGCUGGGAGCACCACCAAAGCCAGCUGCUGGACCAGCCCCUGGUCAUGGUCAUGUCUAUUGGGGCCGAUGUGAGCACCCCCCCUUUUUUGCCCUUCGAUGGUUUGGGCGUAUACGGUGCAUUGGUCGAAUAUCAGGUUUGGGCCGAUCGGGUCGACGGUCAAAGUUUGACGGUGCAUCUGAACAUCUUGCAUGCAUUCAUCAUGAAUCUAUGA